AUGGGCUAUUUGAAGGCUCCCAAAUUCUCGAGACCCAAGUUGACUCGAGAGUCACUUGGGUUGACCACUUGGGUCAAAUACGACAAGUAUGAUCCCCGCUCUGCAGAUUCCACCGACGCAAGAAAGUCAUUGGCAGACCUGGACUAUUCUCCACUCCGUAGAGUGACAUGGGCAUCUUUCUGGAUGGGUAUACUCAUCUCGAUGGGUGGUUUCAUCUUCGGGUACGACACCGGUCAAAUCUCAGGAUUUCUUGAAAUGCCAGAUUUUCUCGAGCGCUUUGGUCAACGUCAUUCGGAUGGUACAUUCUACUUCAGCAAUGUUCGUGCUGGACUUAUUGUCGCUUUGCUCUCCAUCGGUACAUUAUUCGGCGCCUUGAUCGCUGGCCCAGUGGCCGAUAUCAUCGGCCGUAAGCCUAGUGUCACCCUCUGGUGUGGAAUCUUCUGCGUGGGCAAUAUCGUGAUGAUUUCAUCCGACCAUCAUUGGUACCAGAUGAUGAUGGGGCGCUUUGUCGCAGGUCUCGGUGUAGGUUCGCUGUCGUUGCUUGUGCCAAUGUACAUGGCUGAGACUGCUCCUCGUCACAUUCGAGGUGCGCUGAUCUCCACUUAUCAGCUGUUUAUCACUUUUGGCAUCUUCUUGGCCUCUUGUAUCAACUUUGGCACUUUUGAGCACCAGCGUGGUAACUCCGGCUCUUGGAGGAUUCCAUUAGGUGUUGGAUUUCUAUGGCCACUCAUCUUGGGUGGCCUAGUGCUUCUAUUCCCCGAAACUCCUCGCUUCGAUUUCCGAAAAGGCAAGACUGAGAGGGCCAAAGAGACCAUGUUGAAGGUUUACGGAGCACCACCCAACCAUUACAGUGUCUAUCUGGAGCUCGAAGAGAUUGAUGCUAAGCUUCGUGCUGAGGCUGUUCAAGAGGGCUUUGUCCGAGAAUGGAUUCACAUGUUCUCGGCUCCCAAGAUGGGUCAGCGCAUCGCCCUUGGAAUGCUUCUGCAGAUGUUCCAGCAGCUCACAGGUGCCAAUUACUUCUUCUACUACGGAACCACAAUCUUCCAGGCUACUGGUAUCAACAACUCCUAUGUCACCCAGAUGAUUUUGAAUGGCAUCAACUUUGGCACAACUUUCUAUGGCCUCUAUAUUGUCGAACAUUACGGUCGUCGUAAGUCACUGAUGGUUGGAGGGCUUUGGAUGUCGGCGAUGUUCUUCAUCUUCGCCAAUGUUGGACAUUUCUCCCUCGACCGGAACGAUCCUCAGUCUACGGAGUCUUCUGGAACAGCGAUGAUUGUCAUCGCAUCGUUUUUCAUCUUCGGAUUUGCCACUACAUGGGGCCCAAUGGUGUGGACAAUCUGCGGUGAACUCUAUCCAUCACGCUACAGAGCCAAAGGCAUGGCUCUGUCUACCGCAUCCAAUUGGUUCUGGAAUUUCCUUAUCGCCUUCUUUACGCCAUUCAUCACAGGCGACAUCGACUUCCUUUACGGCUAUGUCUUUGCAGGUUGCAAUCUGGUCGCUGUUUUCCUGAUUUACUUCUUUGUCAUGGAAGGCCAAGGCAGAACUCUUGAAGAGAUUGACACCAUGUACAUCACCGGCGUCAAGCCCUGGAAGAGCUCCAGCUGGGUUGCUCCUCCUCCCGAAGAGAUUGAAAAGAUCAGAAGGGAGGCUGGCACUGCAAGUGCUGCCGAAGCUGGCGAGAUCGCACCCGCUCCAGCUCCAGCUGUCGCUAGAGAUAGCGAGAGCACCGAGGCUGAGAAAGAGCUCGAGCAUCGUGCAUAG